UACGAUGCCGCCCCCCCCCCCCCCCCCGGGGGGGGGGUGCGCCCGGGAGGUCCCCGUGGCCGGCCGGGCCCCUCCUCCCCCGUGAGCGACGUUAAAUUGGCGCCAUCGCGCGGCGUCCAUCACCUCCAUUACUGCCCCUCCUCGCCGCUCCCCAGAUCGGCAGGAGAUUUUACCAGCUUGUCGCCAGCCGGGCGGGGUGAUCGCGCGGGCAGGGAACCAUGGGAAAGAAGCACGCCGCAGGUAGCGGCGGCUGGUUCGCCGUCGUCAGGAAGGUGUUCCGGCCGUCGUCAUCGUCCUCCGCCACCACCUCCAAGGACAAGGACACCGUGCAACAUGGGAAACAGGACAGCGCCGGCGAGGAGGCGGAGGAGGCCGCGGCCGGCGGGGCCGAGGAGGCGGAGGAGGUGCUGCUGCUGGAGCACUUCCCGGCGUCCGAGACGUCCGCGGAGGCGAGCAACGAGGGCGGCGACGCGGAGUCGUUGCUGGCGGCGCCACCGCCGGUGCGGACGGCGGAGCACCGGGGGGCGGGCAGUGGUGGUCUCCGGGACCACGAGGAGGCCGACGACGACGACAUGGAGCGCGCACGGGCGCUAGCCGCCGCAGCCGAGGCCGCCGUGGCCGCGGCGGCCAGGGUGGUCCGGUUGGCGGCGCUCCGGCGCCUGUCGCGGGAGGAGCGCGCCGCCGUGCGCAUCCAGGCCUACUACCGCGGGUACCUGGCCCGGCGAGCCCUGCGCGCGCUGCGCGGCCUGGUGCGGCUGCAGGCGCUGGUGCGCGGCCGCCAGGUGCGGCGCCAAGUGCACCUCACCAUGCGCUGCAUGCAGGCCCUCGUCCGCGCCCAGGCCCGCGUCCGGGCGCGCCGCCUCGCCGAGCUCCCGCUCCUCCUCCCGCCGCCGACGCCUCCGGCCAGCCGCCCCUCCCUCUCCCACCAGCCGCGCCUCGACCUGGCGUUGGUGGGCGACCACCACCAGGACGCCAGCGACGAUGGCGACGUGGCGGAGGACCUGCUGCUGCUGCAGCAGCGAAGCAGGAGCAGAGCAAGGCUGCGCCGAGGCGACGGCGACAACGGCGGCGGGAGGAGCCCCUCCGCAGGCUGGGACGCCAGCAGCCGCACCCUGGAGGACGCCCGGGCCGAGGGCGCCCGCCGGCACGACGCCGCCGCGCGCCGGGAGCGAGCGCUCGCCUACGCCUACGCCUACCAGCAGCGGCAGUGGCAGCGGCAGGAGGACGAGAAGGCCAGCCUGGGUUACCACUGGCUGGAGCGCUGGAUGGCCGCCACGCAGCCGCAGCAGCGGCCGGACGCGCCGGACCACGUCAAGACGACGUACCAGGGCGCCGCCGCCAGGACGGCGUCUUACGCGGCGGCGGCCGCUGCUCUCCCCGUUGGCGUGCCGGAGAAGACGGUGGAGAUGGACAUGUCGUUCCGGAGUCCGCUGAACCAGGCCGCCACGCCCGCCGCGCACGGGCGGCCGCCGGCGAUCCCAGGCUACAUGGCCGCGACGAGAUCGGCGCGCGCCAAGGCGCGCCCCGCGCCGCCUUCGCCGACGCACGGCAGGAGACCUUCCGGCGACGGGAUCGCCGGAGACUCGUCUAGCUCGGAGCAGAGCGCGGGGCAGAACGGCGGCGCAAUCGCCGGGUACAGCCCGGACUGGAGCUGCACGGGGGACUGGACGCCGCCGCGGCUCGGCGUCAACACGCGCACCAGCAGGGUGGCCUAUACCUGAGCAUGGCAGUGACAAAGUCCGGUGCAUCGUCAUGAGCGCGGUUGAGAUGUGUUCGCGGCUCAUUUUUGAACGCUUUUGUUGUUCACAAUGUGUAUAGCUUGCUAUGUUUGCGGCCAAUGCCUCUGUAAACGCCCGUAUACUUGGCCAAAGGAUUGCGAAUAAAAACUCAAGAAUUAUAAAUCUUUUGUUAUGCCUGAACUGAGAUCGAAGAUUUUAUUUAUCUGUCCAGAAAAAAUUGUAUGCUA